UUUUAGUGAAAACCAUAAAAAAAUUCCCAAAAUCACCUUUCCGGCCAGCCGGACGGGUUCUCACUUUUAACAGGCACCAAAUUUGCAGUGCAAUUAAUAGAGUUACCGUUUAUGCUUCAACAUGAUAGAGAAUUUGUUAUGUUUAGGUUUUAUUUCCCUUUAUUUAAUUAUAAAAUUGUUUAGGAUUUUGUAAUCUUUAAAAGCGAGUAAUAUUUACGCACUCAUUUACAUACAUUUAUUUUACUAAACCGAUACUAUGAUAAACUGGACAUCGGCUAUAAAAUAAAAGGAGUGUCCAUUGACAAAAUAAUCGGUGAAGAAAGCGAGGGGUUAUUAUCAAUAACAUAUAUCGGAUAAGACACCUACGUUCCUUCUUCUAAUGCUUGUGAAUGAGUGAUCACUAAAAGAAAUUGCAGAAAGUCGCAAUUGUAUUGCUUUCAGUUAUAUGAGUCCACCAAACAAAACAUCGAUCAUUUGCGUUAUAGAAUAUAUAACUAAGCAUUCUGCGAAAAAAAAAACUUGAAACAAAUGAUGACAAUUAGUCUAGAUUCUUUUGUAGGACAUAUUCAAAUUUAAGACAAAGUAAAUACACUCAUAUGGGCAAAGGUAACUGAGUCCAACGAAUUUUUCCAGUAUAAAGAAAAAAAGUGACCUGUACUCUGAGCCUUGGAAUGUGUCUUUCCAAACUAUGUGUGUUCGAAACAAUGUGAAUAUCUUUAGGAUUUUGCAAAUAGUUUUAGAUUACGAGUAGUUCCCAUUUUUCCUCAGGGAUAUUAGAGUUCACGCGCGCUCGCGUUUCGCUCCCGGCUCUGCUAUCCCUGAGGGAUAAUGGGGACUACUCGUAGUCAAAAAGAGUUUAUACCACUAAAUUUUGGCUAACUGCAUAUAUUUGAUUAAAGGGAAUCUUUCCUUGAAGAAGUUUUGCCAAGUUUGCCAAGUAUAUCAGUAUACGAUAGCGCAAACUUUUGUAAAUAAUUUUCACUUCUAGUUAAUAGUUUAAUAAGAUUUCAACGAUUUGGUUUUGUUAAGCUCCAGCUGUUUGUAAUAAGAUUUCAACGAUUUGGUUUUGUUAAGCUCCAGCUGUUUUCUUCCUUUUUCUCUUACGUAAAACAAAUGUUUUAAGUAAAAGUAAAUAUUACAUAAAGGUCUUUUUACAAAAAUAAAUCAACUCUUGGUCUCAUUUAAGCGUGUGUAAUUGUAAAUGGGCAAGUGGGGGACGGGGGGUGAUCUUUGGAGAUAUAUAAGUGUGCGUGUGCAAUUUUCUCUUCUCAGUCGAUUCAUCUUGGUGGAGUACUCGAGGAUUUUAAUAAAUCCAUACAUAAAAUACAUAACUUGUCUUGUAUCACUCUUUGGUUAGUUUUACUUGUUUGUUGGUUGGGUGUUUAUUUAUUUUUUUUUUUUUGGCCUAAAGUUACUAGAGAUUGUGAUAGUUUCCAAUAUUGCCAGAAGGGGGAGAGCUUUCAUUAAGUACAAAUAGAUCAUUAUAAUUGGAUCUUUGUUAACAUUAUUUGAAUUUCGAAUAAUUAUUUAUUUCAAUGAAAUUGACAAGCUGUUAAUCGGAAAACCAGCGCUUGCGUUCUUUUAGUAAUAAAUAUGGGACAGAGGUGGAAAUACAAAUUUUCUUAUAUCAGGCAUGAAAACGUUUGACCAAUAUUAACUCUUUGCAUGACUCAUAGUGCUGAUAACCGAUUGAGACUUUAUAGUUAAUUCAUUUAAUUUUGACAAGUGUAAAAUCUAGGCGCUGAAACAAGAUCCGGGGAAUUUGACCCCCUGGACGUGAAAAAGGUGUCAGAAAGUCAAAAAUGUGCUCAAAGUGUUUUGAGCAGUGAUGAACGCCAUAGUAAUGAACGCCAUAAAUUUAUGGACACAUAACCUAAAUAAAAUAUUGUUUUAUUGAGUGGAAUAACAUGAUAUGAGUAUACACUGUAAAAUUUGACUAGUUAAAAUAACCAAUGAAAAUUGUUGCAAAAUGCAUCUGAGAGAAUCCUUUUGUUUUAGUCAGAUUGACCAAUUUAGAUUGGUUUGAAAUAACUGGACAAGACAAGUGGUCGUCAGUGUAAUCUUGGUUUAACGCCGCAAGGAAAUGGCACUGAGUCAUCCGCUCGGCCGCCCACUGAAAUACUUGGAGGGGGGAGGCCGAAAGCAGGUUCGUGAUCGAAACCUAACAGCAGCGCGGUUGUUGUUUAUGUUAAUAUACGGAAGCGUGAUAUUGCUUUUUAUAGAAGCUAGCCUAUAGUCUCUAAUGACUCUGGCUCAUAUAUUCAUCGGUGUUUUUUAGAGAAACCUCCUGUAUGUACCAUAACUCGAAAGUGCACGUUGAGCCGGUUAGCAUUGAUAAUAAUCAAUGACAGGCCUGCACGACCCACUGCGUUAUGGUGUGGUCAUUGUUAUGAACAGUGCCUUAUAUUUUUGUCCUAACGAGCAUGUCUUUAAGAGAUUGUCCUCUCUUGUAGGAUAUAAUUGGCGGAUCUUUAAAUACGUUUUUCAGCAAAGGCUGAUUUUGUAUUAAGUUCCAGUUUUGCAUCAAUAUAUUUUUAAGGUUACGCACCGAUGGGUGGUAUGUUGUGACAAAAGGCAAGAUUUGUUUGCCAGUUUUUUUCUUUUGUUGUAGAGCCGACUGUCUUUUUUCUUUGGUCGUAUUUUUACCCUUUGGCUUGUGUCCCUUUAUCUCUCUACUGACCCCUUUUAGCUUGUGCCAAUUCUGCAGAAGUUGCGCACAGGUCAUUUUGCGUAAAAUUUACUGAUCUUAUCAGCAAACUUAAUAUCCUCGAAAAAUCAACUGCGAAUAGUUUACAUACAGAUUUAUAUUUGGUCUCUUUUUAAAGCUCAGGAAGUCUACUUUUCAGGAAAUAAAAAGAUAAAUGGUGCGCCAAUGAAGCCUUCCAAAUUAUUUUGCUUCAAAUACACAAGGCGUUAUUAUUUUUUCUUAGCGGCAGGAAUUAAAAUAUCACAGCGGGCAAAUGCGACAGCUAUACGCGUCACUGAUGCAAAUAAAUCCAUCCGAGGAUUGGUUGAAGACGAGAUGAGCAGGGAACUCACAAACACGCACACGGCUCGUGGAUUCUGUUCUAUAUCACGUGUUCGUUAGUAAACAAUGCAUUCUCUGUUCUGCAUUAAGUCAUAAAGGUUACCUUACACUACCUCACGUUACAUCGAUUCGAGAUUCAUUCUACUUGGAACUUUCGCCCACAGCUUUAUCAGGCUGCCGCCUCGCAGCCUCGCGUCUUGUCGCGUCGAGGCUGCUUGUUAGCAAUUAUGUUACAAGAAGAUUCUCAAAUAUUAAAGGUUGUCUUCAAAAUGUCAAUAAGAAUUCGAUUUGUCACAACAACAGGUCACACUUUUCCUACGUAAAACUGCUGUUCCUUUUUUUAAAAGCAAAAUUAUGUUCACCGAACAGACUUGUGACACGUGAGUGCGUGAGUGCAGGCAGAAUAUUGUUUCCGUGAAGUUUCUAGGCCUCAGAAAAAGCCUUAUUAGAAUUCACCAUAUAUUAAAAUAUAUUAUAUAUUUUUCUUUUCUAGAUAAACACCUGAAAAUAUGACACGGUUUCAAGAGUUGCUGCUAAAUGUAUCAUUAUUUCUUAGUAUGGUGACGUUAAUUAAGGCAAGAAUUACGGUCAAUAAAUGUCAAGAUUCAUCACCGAAGGCCUCUUGUAGACAAGAGUGCUAUGAAGACUGCAAAAUGUCGUGCGGACAAGCCGAUCCCCAACUUAAGUCAUGUGAACAAACAUGCCUAGAUCAUGGGCAGUGCGAUUUGAAAUGCGUUACCAAGGAGACCUGUCAUCAGGACUGUGAAGCGCUGCUGACUUGUGGAUCAGUAUUUUGCAAAACAGCCGACUGCACUCAACGCUGCGAUGAAGGAAUAUGCAACAUGAGUUGCAGAGCGACUUCUCGCUGUAAACAGCUGUGUAAUGCAGGAUCCUGUCACCUUAAAUGUGCCAAAACUAGUGAGAGAUGUAAACAGGUGAGUAUGGGAGCACUUUAAUUUAGUAUAAAAUAGUGAGAAAAUUUGUCUUUUAAAAAAAGACAACGCCGUUUUUGUUUUUUCGCCAGGGCUAUUGGGUUUUUCUUAAAACAUCGUUUUGUUGACACGUGAUCAAAAAAAAAACAGGACAUGAGGUGUAAAAGAGUCAAUGAGCCAUGAGUCACCCAGUCCUAACCUUACCCAGUAACUCUAACCUCAAACCAUAACCCCAGCUUACUUAAUAACUUGACUCACAACCGGCAUUGACUCCUGCCGCAGGUGUUGGGGAACGGAAACCGAGAAGUGGUUAUUCCAACAACAGGCUAGGACAGAACACAAAAAGGGCUCUAAGACAUUGAUUUGGAUUAGACAAAAAUUAUAGCAGGUGACACACUCGCGGCGGUCGAACAAGUAUCUUACGCAUGCGCAAUUCCAUAUUGACAAAGCUGAGGAGUGUUUCUGAUAAGUGUUUGCUUAUGUUGGCAAAUUUAGAGACAGAGAGGUUAUAAAGUGUACUUUUUUUCCUAUUCUCCGACUUUUGCCAUUUAUACCAGCUAGGAGCCCAUUAUCUGACCUGCGACAGGAGCGCAGAAACGGGACGGAAAAGGACGAUCCCUAAUCCGUUUUCUCGGUAAUUUCUUGGUGUUGCGAACGAGCUUAAUCACCAAUUAACGUAUACACAUUAUUGAAAAGACACUGAACAGUACCUACACCACACCAUAAAAGCAAACCAGCAAUGGUUUCCGCAACAUCAAGAAACAUCACUUUUCUACUACCCUAUCUUCGAUCCUCCUAAUUACUUCCUUCUCCUCUUUUCCCUUCAUCUCUCCUCUUUCUUUCCUACUUUGCGAGAAACUAUCAUCUAACCUGUGACCAGAGUGCAGAUACAGAAAGAGAAAAUGUGCUCAAGAAAUCUAGUCCCCUGCCUCCUUACUCUAACCUACCAACUCGCCCAACUCCUUCUUCUAUUUAUACUGCAAUGACCCUAUAUUGUUUACCCAACGUUAUAGUCAUGCUGGGAAGGCAGCUGCCCAACAUUCUGCAGUGCUAAGCGUUCAUGUGAUCAAAACUGUGAAUACGGCGAAUGUCCAAUGAGAUGUACCACAGACGAUUGCAUUCAGUCCUGUACAGGCGGAAAGUGCAGAAUGAAAUGCAGAACCAAGAACAGUUGCGAGCAGCGGUGUUCAUCGCUGCGCAGAAUCUGUCCAUUAGUUGAAUGCCAUAGUAAAGAAAAAUCAUGCGAACAGGUGGGCCUUACACUUCCUUUACAAAUCAAACUUAAGGGUGGAAGAUUAGUUUUAUCCCCCUAACACCCUUUUCACCAGAAACAGAAUAUUCAUUACCGGGGGGGGGGGGGCUGCUCCCUAUAAUGGCUUAUACGGGGAGGCUACGCCCGGAAAUGGGAUCUUUUUCAGGCUUCAGGUAUAUGAAAGGGUAGGGACUUUACUCGUUGAGAUAUACGAAAGAGUAGGGAAAUCUGUCAUGCGGGUCUGUGAAAGGGCCCAAAGGGCUAACAGAUGAAUUUUGAGGCUUUUUAAAGUCGAGAAAACGUUCUAUUUUUGUGAUUGAUUCUUAUUUAAGCGACAGUGUAUUUACAGCAUUUAAAAGAGAUGCACAGUUCUAGACAACUUAAGGUAUGUGAAAGGGGUACCAUUUGUCAGUAGAAGGUAUACGAAAGGGGUACCGUUUUCGUGAAAAAUGGUAUACACCUAGUUCAAUUAAGGUUUCUCCCGUGAACCAUGUUUCAUAGCCUGCAGUACACUAUGGUAAACCACUUUUGUAGCGGAAGCUUAGUUUUGUUCACGUUCCUUGAAAUAAUGGAGACCAUUUGUGAGAAGGUGUUCAAGACAGCUUUCAAGUCAAAUGGCUGCUAAAAUUCUUAAGCAUGAGCUAGCUGAAAAAUUUCAUUUUUAAAAUCUCAUGGCUAAAAAUUAGAAGCCUCUUCUUUUAACAACAUUAAUUGAAUAGGGUUUUACCGCCAGAUUAAGCUGCGUUUUUGCAUGGGUCAGCCUAAAAUGCUGGUUAUUUUAAAAAAGCAAAUCCACGGUUGGUUCACGGUUUGGCUAAAUGGUAAGAAAAAUUCAGGACUGGUAAAUUUCACUCCGGAAUCCCGUUUCAAUUUGUACAAAUCAGUUUCGUUUACCGAAAAAAGGCCCCUGAAGCCUGAAAUUGGUGUCAAAGAUGGCUUUGAUCGAUCGAAGAAAUGCAACACGAAUUUCCGUUGGAAAAUUCCGCUCAGGAAAACAAGUUUACCUUAUCAAACGGUCCGUUGCUUCCGAAAAUGUUUCCCUGAAACGACUUAUAUUUUUUGUAUGUUAUUCAUAGCUGGAAGGGGCCGAGAGGAUGUUAAUCCGCGCUAAAGAACAGGGCUACCAGUACUGCAACGGUGGAGGCUGCCAUCAAAACUGUACAUCAGAAUUUAGAUGUUAUCAAAAAUGCAAGGGGCGAUGCCCUCAACAUUGCACCACAGGUGAGAGAUGUGAGCAGUUGUGCUCCAUCGACGGAAAAUGUGAUCAGUCCUGUACCUCCAAUUCCUGCGUACAACGCUGUGACAAGGGUGGAAACUGUAACAUGACCUGCAAAGCCACGGAUCGUUGCGUACAGGUACUAAAUAAUAAUAAUUAUAAUAAUGGUCUUUAUUUCCACCAGAUAAAGAUACAUAUCCUAUGUUACAACUGUCAUGAAUACAGUAAUACAUAAUAAAAUAAAUAAACUUAUCAUAGAAUACUAACUAUACUAUACUAAGAUUGCGUUUAAAUAUUAAUCUAUUUACAAAGGCAGACUUGAAACGCUCAGUAUUAAUAUAAGGACGGGCACAUUGUUUUUUUAAGACGAUUACAAGAACAGACUUUCUUUGAAGGAUAUAUGGAACUAGCGGGUCCUGCCUCUUUAGUAGAUCCUUAAUUGAAACGAGGUAAGAAAUAAAACAGCGCUUAUAACAUAUAUCUAAAUAAUUAAGUCUCGUGAUUGGAUUGUUCAGAUGCACAGACUACGGAAAUGAGAUGUUGUCUGAGGGGACUUAAUUUGAUUGGUUAAACCAGCGAAGGCAGACGUGCGCAGCGUCAGAACCUGGAUUGGAUCGAUUUGAACGAAGAGCAACCUGAGGAACCUCGUUCCUUGGGCGGGGAGUGAAUGAGGUUGGGCGGAGAAAUGGAAUAUUUGGAUUGAUCAGUGAUCCUUACUUUAUAUUAACAUCAACGGGAUCAUCCCUCGCUGCUUCUGCUGUUUGAGCGAGCGAAGAGAUUCCGACAACAGUCCCGUAUCCAGGGUCUAAAUAGAGCUGAAAGAGUGAGGAAGCUUAAAUAAAAAAAAGACAAAGAGAAACGGAGAAGGGGCCGGGUUUCAUUAGGGAGCUUAAGCAGCGACGUUUUUGAGCGACGCACGUCAACCGGAAGUGAGGUAUUUUCCCUCUUAACAUACCUUGAUGAUAUAAAAUUUGUAUUCCUUAGCUUCUUUACUGUUAUAGAGGCGAUUUGACUGAAAAUUUGCGCGAAACCACCGUCAAAAAAUGAAAAAAGGCCACUUCCGGUUGACGUGCGUCGCUCAAAAACGUUGUUGCUUAAGCUCCCUAUUUUACAAUACGAGCUGGGAAUCGCGAGAAAUAAUCUGGAAUCAGAUCGAGAGAAUGCCAAUACUGGCAAUGCUCUCAUUCUGAUUUAAUUUUGACUUAAAAAAUAUUUUAGCCAACGAAAACGUAGAAUUCGGAUUUAAUUCUCACAGUUAAAUUGUCUAACGGUUUUCGCUAAUGUCGGAAACGUCUUAAACUUGAUUUCACAGCAAUGAUCUAGAGGAGGCUGUCAUGGAGUUUGUGACUGUCGAUCAUGUCUGCAGCUCUGUGAUGCCGGUAAUUGCACCAUGGAAUGCAAUGCAAUGCAAUGCCAGCAUAAUUGCACGGGUGGAGGCUGUAAUCUUACAUGUCCUGAUGGAGCAUUGUGCAAACUACACUGUGGAGCUCAUCAAAACUGUACUAUCACAAGAAAAGUGAAGCCAAGAAAAUUUGGCUACUUGACUACGACAGUAUCACGGACAUCAGACGAACAUGGAAUCCAUCUCAACAAAAGAACGACCAACAAUGGCUGCAGCUUUGAUCCCUGUAGGACUCUCUUUAUGGUUGUCGCGACCGUUAUGUUUUUGUCCUCUUAG